UGGGAUCGGUUGUUUUCGCCGCCAUUUUGUUCCGAGGGAAAAAGACGCGAAAGGGAACGGAGUUCAUCGCAAUUAUUUAAACAUUUAAUGGCAGACAUCAAGGCUCUAGAGUACUCUACACUCAAGGUUCCUUAUGAGGUUUUGAAUAAAAAGUUCCGCUCUGCGCAAAAGGUGAUUGACCGCGAGGUGUCAUAUGUAGUAGGUGCCACCAAUGAGCUUACAAGCACACUGAGUAAGCCCGCUGUCAAGACAGGGGAAGUUACCCGGAUGUUGGAUGACAUUGCACAGAAAAUACAAGUCCUUAAGCGCAAGUCAGAGGAAUACAUAGGUCAGGAGGACGUGUGUGUCAAGCAUUGUCGAGCACGUCUGGAUCACAUUAAGGAACAUGCAGACCCCAGAAAAAGUGCUAUGGUGGUCUGGAAGAAAAAACGUCUUGAUAGAAUGUUGGUUGAUCACUGUCUAAGACUUGGAUUCUAUGAGACUGCAAAGAAGCUUGCUCAAGAUGCUGAUAUUGAGGAUUUCGUUGACAUAGAACUGUUUCUGGUCUCAAGACAAGUUGAGGAGUCCCUACAGCAAGAGGACUCUGGUCCAUGUCUAGCGUGGUGCUAUGAUAACAAAUCAAAGUUGAGAAAACUCAAGAGUACCUUGGAAUUUAAUGUGAGAAUGCAGGAAUAUGUGGAGCUUGUGCGGAAAGGAGACAAAUUAGAAGCUGUUCGGUAUGCAAGAAAGCAUUUUGCAAAUGCUGAAAGUGCAAUGACAAAGGAGAUACAGAAGGCAAUGGCAUUACUGGCAUUCAAGCCAGACAAGGCAUGCUCGCCUUACAAAGAAUUACUUGAGCAGUCAAGGUGGACCCACUUGAUUGAACAGUUCCGUAGAGAAAAUUUCCAGCUUCACCAGUUAAAUGAGCAAUCUGUGUUGUCCGUGACCUUACAGGCAGGUCUAUCUGCCCUCAAAACACCGCAUUGUUACCAGCAAGGACACAAGAUGCCCGAGUGUCCGGUUUGCAGCCAUCCAAUGAAUAUUCUUGGACAAUCCUUACCCUUCGCCCACUGUGCCCAGUCCAGGCUAGUUUGUCCAAUAUCAGGACAAGUCAUGAACGAGAACAACCCACCAAUGGUCUUACCAAACGGCUUUGUCUACGGCGAGAAUAGCUUGCGCAGUAUGUCCGUGGAAAGAGGUGGUCGCAUUCAGUGUCCGAGGACUAAAGACGAUUAUCUCUUUGAACAAGCUGAAAAAGUCUACGUGAUGUAAAAAAAAAUGUCAGCGAUAGGUCUCAAGAACAAUGGCUGUAAGUUUAACGAAAAAAUUUGGAAAUGCCAUUGUCAAAGUGCAGGUGUUGAAUGAUGAUGAACUGAGACUAUGCGGAACGAGUAAGUUACUCGAGUAUUUAAGGCAAGUUACAAUACAGGACAAAAAAGAGGAAAUGAAAACCGCCCUCUUUCUUUACCCUUUCCCCACAACUUCGCACGGGGCCAAACCGCUCAUCUCUUCAGGCCUUGAGCUUGCAACGCUGGCUACGAGCAACCCAAAGCAUCAGCGCCGAGCAGUAUCUACAGCCCGCGAGGAAACAGCUGACCAAAAGACAAAGGCAAUCUGGAAUUAUUUUCAGUUUUUAUCAUGCUUUAUAUUGUCACUUCCUAAACAGCCUAAACUACCGUUUUGUAAAAAAAAUGGGCUGAGAAAAGAGCUCGGAUCUCUCUUGAGUAUCCUUGAGCAUUAGAGUGCACCAUUUACUAUUUUGUGUUUCAUAAAAGCAAAAUAAAAACCAAAUCCGUGAAUA